AGUGGAUGGUGUGGCGAAAUUAAUAAACGUAUACCAAGCCGAUAACCUACAACGAUACUCUACGCACAACCUAUGUUUAGAUUACCCACAUAGCUUGACGAAUACAAGCUUUGAUUCACACUUCCGUCAUUAUUUUGUUUCUAGAUCCGCAAUUCGUCGCGUGUCGUCAGUGAUGACACUCCGCUGUCUGUGCCGGUUAAUCUCAUUAUUCACACUGUUCAAACUCGUCGUCGUCGCAUCUGUUCAGUGCCUACAUAGUGUCUUAUAAUGGUGCAGUGGAAGUCAGCGUUAAUUAUUUUGUUUGCUGUUCUGACGCCUUUGGCCGGAGGAUUUCUGGCAAGUUUAAAAACCCGAAAUGCAAUCAGAACUUGGUAUACUACCUUGGUGCUUCCGCCAUGGCGUCCCCCAAAUUGGUUAUUUGCUCCGGCUUGGACCUUUCUGUAUCUAUCGAUGGGUUACGCUUCGUAUAUAGUCUGGAGGGACGGCAAUGGGUUCAGUGGACCGGCACGAUGGCCACUCGUAAUGUACAUUCUUCAGUUACUGAUGAAUUGGGCUUGGCCACCAGUUUUCUUCAUAGCACAUGAGUUGAAAUGGAGUGCUGUCUUGAUUACUCUGAUGCUACUGAUGGUCAUAAUUACAACUAUAACAUUUUACAAAGUUAAUCGAUUAGCGGGAUGGCUAAUGAUUCCAUACAUAGUGUGGUUGGCAUAUGCGACGAGCCUAAAUUGGAAGAUAUAUACUGACAACUCCUAGUGAAGCAUUUUUUAAAACACACAUUGUGCACAUACUAUUAUUGAACACUAUGUCUUGAAAUAAAUUACAUCGAAUGAUGUUUUGGUUGUAA